AUGCCUGCACUGCUGGAAGAUCCGCUUUCUCCAUUAGUGUACCGAGUCUCCGGAGAAGGACCUUUCGCAACAGCAGACAACCCGCAGAUUCCUUCGUCAAUCUUUCCCAGAACAGUCACAUUGCGAGAUCGCGUGACAAUAGCGACUCUGAUCCCAUUCUUCACGCCAGAUGAUGUCCCGAAAAGAUUGCUCGCCUAUCUUGGCGACAAUCUUAAUAAGGAGAUCGAUGGCGGCGAUACAUAUCCGAUGAUGGAUCAGAUGCCUGUAGAGGCGUUUGGAAAAUACUGGUUCGGUAAUUUCGGCGCUGUCAUGAUCUUGGGAGAUAUUGGCGGCGUCGAGGCUGUUACGGAGAUGGAAGAGGCUGGGGCUGACUGGAAUAAGCUGUGCUUGGGCAGUUUUUAUGUCAAGCCAAAUUAUCCUGGUCGCAGCAGCCAUGUCUGCAACGGUGGCUUUCUUGUCACGCCUGCGGCUCGUAACAAGGGCGUCGGCAAGUCCAUGGGUCAGUGCUACUUGGAGUGGGCGCCCCAGUUGAAUUACACAUACUCAGUCUUCAACCUGGUGUAUGAGACGAACACAGCGUCAACCAAAAUCUGGGAUUCGCUGGGCUUCAAGCGGAUUGGUCGGGUACCAGGAUGUGGCAAGCUGAAGUCGUUUCAAGACCCCGUCGAUGCUAUAAUAUACGGCAGAGAUCUCAAAGCAGAGGGCGAGCUCGUUGGCAACGAAGAGCGAUUUGAUAAGAUCCGCUACUAUCUGCGGCAUUCUUCUUACCCUCAAGGCGCUGAUCGCUCCGAGAAAAGCCGCCUAAGGAGUGCCGCUACGCAUUACAAGCUGAUACCCAGCGAGGACGGCGAACCGGAGAAGCUGAUGUUGAAGGACAAAGAAGUCAUCUCGGAUCCGCAAGCUCAAUAUGAUAUCGCCAAGCAAAUGCAUCUCGUCAACCAUGGCGGCAUCAACAAGACUACCGCCAUGAUUGCGACAAAGUAUCACUGGGUACGAAUCAAGGAGACCGUCAGUCAUGUCAUCAAGGACUGCGAGCCAUGCAAAGUUCCCACCAAUAAGGGAGGUACCUCAAGGUCAGACUCGACGAAAAGAGUGAAGAGCGCGGACAAGACACCGCCCGAACCCUCGGACUCUCCCAUGAUUCCACAAAACCAAGCACAGCAAAUCGAGACACCACCCUACGACCCCUUGGCAGCAUCGGCACCAUAUCUCCGACCCAUAUUUCGCCUCACCAGUACAACAGCAUGGACCCAAGCGUCGGCAUGGGCGGUGAUGCUGUAA